UUUGACAAAUUGAUUAAUUUUUCUCUUUCUUUUCAUCUUUUCAGACUUCAUAAUCUGAUUGAGCAUCUCCAUCGCCAUCGUUUUACACGCUCUUCCUAAUCCUCAUCGCCAGCAUCUUUUAUUGUAAACACUUGGAAACCCAUUUCUCUGGAAACCCAUUACCAUUAUUAUUACUUCCAUCAUCAUCAUCAUCUUUCUCACUCUUAUUACAGCUUAAUCUUCUAAAUAGCUUAAUUUAUUUGAUUACUGGUUUCAUUCUGCCUUUUGGACUCGUUAACAAUCAUCAUCAUCAUGUAGCUAUUUCAAGAAAUUUCAACAUAUUCACUUAAAUCACUUACUCUUUUACUCACUUCACUUUCACACCAACAUUUUAACAAAAAUCAACAGGAUUGUGUAUCAUCAUCAUCAUCAUCAUUAUAAUUAUUAUUAUUAUGGUAAAGACUAUUGAAGUUAAUAACUAGUAUACGAUAAGAUGAAUUUGAUGGGUUCAGAGCCAACUAUUAAUAAUUUUAAUCUGGUUAAAGGACUGGUUGGUUAAUUGGAAAAACACUGUGAACCCGAAAGGCAAUCAACAAAAUCAUCAUCGUCAUCGUCAUAAUCACCAUCAACAUCAACAUCAUUAUCCUUGUGAUUAUUGCUCAACAUUGACUAAUCAGGAACUAACAUCCAACAUUCAAUUUUUUUCACUUUCAAGGUCAGCCUGUUAUUUUUAAUUCAUGGUAACCCUGGAACCAUGAAAAAGGUUAAUCACAGUUAUUACUCAUUAUGAGAGACAAAAAAAAUAUCAACAAGAUUUUCCAAAAGGAAAACAAAAAUCUGCAAACAAUUAACUCAAAGGAAUCAACUAAAUAUAAUUUACAAUUACACAAUCAAAAAAAUUUUCACAGUAUCUACCGUAUACAUAACCCCUUAUAUAAUAUUCUGGGGAAAUACUACAAUUCAUUUUCCAUUGAUGCAAAUCUAAUCUUAAUAACUAAUUAGAUUAUGAAUAUUUUGAUCAGAUGGGCACAGUUAACAUAAUAUAACAAUCAAAUGUUUCAUAAAGACUAACAAUUAACAAGAUAAUGUCAAUGAACAAGCUGAUAAAACAUAAAUCAAAAUUUUCAAUCCUGGGUUAAUAAUCAUCAUUGAAACGUUUAAUCAAAGAAGAUUAAAUCAUGAAGAGAUAACCAGACAAAAUGAAUCAGUUAUAAUUACCACAAUUAACCAGAUAUGAAAAUUAAUCAAGUUGUUUACUCGCUGUUUGUUUAUUUUCUCAUCAAUUUUAAUCAGCACCUUUACACUUCUUCUUAAUUGUGAUCAUUAAUUCAACAAUUAGCAGUCGCCACCUACCGUAAUUAACUAUUUGAUUGUAAACCAUUUUAAUCAGUGACUCAAGUUUUUAUAUUUCUAUUCUUAUAUAAAUAUCUUGCUGUUCAAUUUAACCCAUAAAAGACCAGGAUAGUAAAAGAAUCAACAUCAUCUUGAAGACUUUUACUUUAAUUGUAAUUGAAAUUUGAUUUCUUCUCAUUAAUUCCUGUUUUAUCAUCGAUCAUCAAGUUACAACACAGUUAAUUAAUUCUCUUUUUUAAAUUAUCUUCCUUUUUCCCUUUGCUUGCUUACAGAAUAAACAACAACAACAUCGAUCAACCGAACUGCUGAAAUACCCAAUGGCUAAUAAACAUAAAGAAGGAGCAAAUUUAACCAACAAUUACCUUAAAUCAAUGGAAAUUGAUCAUCUCUACCAUUUAGGAUUAAUUAAAAAUGGUGACAAUUUGGAAAAAGCCUUCGGUGAUGUGAAGUUUAUUUGUACCGGCGGAGCGGCUCAUCGUAUGGCUCUUUACGCUUCAAUGAUGAAAACAAUGUUAAACAUUCCCGGUGAUCUGGUUGACCUUUCAGCUGAUGGUCAUCGUUUUAGUAUGUACAAAGUUGGACCAGUAUUAUUUGUAAAUCAUGGAAUGGGAAUUCCAUCACUUUCAAUUCUUCUUCACGAAUUAUUCAAGCUCGUCACUUAUGCCAAAUGUAAGGAUGUUGUUUUCUUCCGUCUUGGUACCUGUGGAGGCUUAGGUAAAGCACCGGGAACCGUAAUUGUAUCAAAAGGUUGUGUUGACAAUCAAUGCCGUCCGUUAUUUCAAACUGUUAAAUUGGGUAAAGUGAUUAACAUGGAGGUUAAUUUGGACAAACAAUUAGUAGAAAAUUUGAUUAAUUUUGCAUCGGCUUGUUAUCCAAAUAUACCUAUUGAAUCGGGUAUUACAAUGGCCACUGAUGAUUUUUACGAAGGUCAAGCUCGUUGUGAUGGCGCUUUCUGUGAUUACACCAAGGAAGAGGCAGCAAUUUACUUACAAUCAAUUGCCAAUCAAGGUGUAACCAACAUUGAAAUGGAGGCUACAUGUUUCGCCGCCAUGUGUACCAAAGCUCAGAUCAAAUGUGCCAUUGUCAAUGUUAUUCUGGUCAAUCGCUUAGAAGGAGAUCAAGUCGAUGUGGACAAAGAUACUUACAAAAAUUUUCAAAUCAGACCAUUUACAGUAAUCAGUAAUUACAUCAAAUCUGUAAUUAAUAGUUCCUGUUGUUAAUCUUUCACCAGUUAAGAAAUUGAGCUUACAAAAUUUCAAAAUACAAUUGUUUUAAAUGGUCUUAAAUUGUGCACAUAAUUGCCAAUUGUUGAAGUGAGAGAGAAAUUGAUUUUCCACCAAUUUCCUCCAUUGACAAUAUAUUAAUAUAUUCCUAAGUUAUUGCUAAUGAUGCUUUCGAUGGACCAGUAAGAUGAACCAAGACGGAUAAAGAGAAAUCAAAUAAAUAAUUGAGAUUAAAAAAUUUA